CCGUGGGCCAGACUCCUAAAAAAGGACUUUCUAACCUCUUCCCCCGAGGUUCUUUUCUGCACCUCCGACGACCAGGUGGCGCAUCUUGACGUGGAGCUUAUUCUACCUCGUCCUGCGGUUCUCUUCUCUUCUCUGACGCCGACCCAUCUUCAACCAACUUCUCUCUUCCCUCACUCGCUUCCUCGGGAGUUCUGCCUCGAUUCAGAUCCCCUUUUUUGAUCGUAGAGCUCCGGGAAUUGAUGGUGCUUUUCAUCGUCCAUCGACGGAGUUACAUGCCAUCCAGUCCGCCGCACGUCAUACUUUAAGGUGGACUCUGCUCCAGUUUAGCCACCUGCACCUUUGUAUCUGCGGCCCUUUUAUACUCUUUUUUUUCCCUCCUUUUUCUUUUCCUUUUUUUUUUUUUUUCUUUUUUUUUUACCCCCGGUAUCUCUCUCCACAACUUCUCCCCAUAUCUUAAAGAAUUCUGGCGACAAGCUUUGCUAAAGUGGCGUUGCAACGGGAAAACGCGAAACGACAUCUCCUCCACGUUCCCCACCCGGAGCACCCUCUUUCCUCGUUCCAAAGGCAUCGCCGACCCCCGAGACCAGGGUGCUUCGUACUUGACGAGCCGCCAAGCGAACCUGCGCCCCGGGAUGAGGAGAUGUGGCUCGACUUAGAACACCAGACCCGUGCCGACGUCCUGCGUGACCGGCUCCAGAACGACGACUCCGCCCGGUCCUCCAUCAGCUCCGAUGCCCCCUCCGUGCUGCCGCCGCUGGCGAACGAGAAGCUCGUAGCCUCCGGAAAUGGCAUCUCGGUUUCGAUCGCCCAGACGGAGCCGGUCAUCUUCAUGGAAGGAUUCGAUGCGCGGGAGGCAUCGAAGACGUCGAUGCUGAGGGGCCAUCUGCAUUUGAAGAUCUCGAAGUCCACCAAGAUCAAAAAGAUAUACCUCACGUUCAAGGGUGCGGUGCAUUCGGCGUGGCCAGAAGGCGUACCGGGUAAAAGGGCUCAGUACAAUGACGAUCACAGCCUAAUGACGCAUACGUGGCCGUUCUUCAAUGCUCAGUUUGGCAGCGCGGAGAACGGCUACGGCGCAGAUUUUGUUCAAUUGACUCGUCCGCAGGGAGGCAAGGAGGGAUUAGGCAUCUCGACAAUCGAAGUCUUUAACAAGGCACACUCGGCUUCAAGCAUGGAACGAGUAGGUAUGAAGGAGCUCAGAAGCCUAUCUCUCAAGCACACGCCAUCUCGAAGCUUCGUAAAGGGUGAAGCGUACUACAACGGGCAAUCGGUAGCCCAGAAGGGAUACAAAACCUUCCGUCCUGGAGACUAUAUCUACAAUUUCGAGCUGCCGAUCGAUUCGAAACUCCCCGAGACUAUCAAGACCGAUUGCGCUUCGGUCAAGUACUGGUUGGACGUGAGCGUGGAGCGUGCUGGUGUAUUCCGGCCAAACCUGCUCGGUGUGAAGGAGGUACUUUUCGUUCGCACGCCGUCUCAGGGCUCAUUGGAGCAAGUCGAGCCAAUUGCGAUUUCUCGUACGUGGGAGGAUCAGCUGCACUACGACAUCGUCAUAUCCGGAAAAUCUUUCCCAUUAGGAGCCAAGAUCCCAAUCGCAUUCAAGCUCACCCCUCUAGCAAAAGUAGCCUGCCAUCGAAUAAAAGUGUAUGUGACCGAGACGAUCCAGCAAUGGACGUCGGGCAAGACCGCGCAUCGCCUUGAUAGCAGUAAGCAACUCCUGCUUUUUGAGAAGCGUGCGGACUCUGCUAGCGUUAGCGCCUACCCGGGGAGUAGGAUGCGGGUCACUGCCGGUGGUGGAAUCCACUGGGAUGAUCGAGCCGCCGCGGCGCAGGGCCACGAGGUGGUCGAUCCACGUCGCACGAGUUUGCUCGGUGAUCUUGAGAGUGAUUUUGGAGCCGGACCUACAGAGAUGGAGUUCGAUGUGCAGCUUCCUACGUGCCCACUCAUGAAGGAAAGGGACUCUUCGCAAAGAUUGCAUUGUGAUACGACACCGGAUGAAGCUUACCCCAAGAAGCGUCGCCACUUUGAGAUCUCGAUCGAUUCACCAUUCCAUAUCCUAUCCUGCCUAGCAACUCAGUCGAACAUCUAUCUCCCGUCCUACUCCUCCCCUUCAUCCUUUCCUUCUGAAGAGUACGAGUGUGGCUGCCCCGGUGCCCAACCAACCACGAAAGCCCCAUACCACGCCCAUAGCGCCAGCCCAGCCCAGCUCAGCAUGCUCCUCAACAUGUCCAGCGACCCAUCCUUCCACCCACAGCCAUCCAGCUCCACCAGCUCCACCAGCACUCUCACCGCCGACCAAGCCGACAACAGCAGCGAAUCCAGUAAUCCCUCCAACAUACCCACCCGCCCCAUUCACCUCAUCCGAAUCCCAUCCUUCGCACCGCCCCCGUUCGAGGACGUCCCGCCACCACCACCGCUCGUCACUCCUCCACCAGACUACUCCACGAUCAUACCGACCGACGACCCCAGCGCUGGCAUCCUGGAUUACUUCCACCGCCUGCAUCACGCGGAGCAGGAAUACGAUGAAAACACGCGCGGUAACGCGAGAGUGGAUGUCCCGCUAACGCCAGGGGGCCGGGUGCACCGGAGUAUAGAGAUACCAAGGGAGUUGGUCCGGAUCGACGCGAUUGCAGAUUGAGAGGCAGGCAGACAAACAACUUCCUACCUAACCCAUAUUCAUGUCCAUCUUUUGUCCAUUCUUUUUACUCCUCCUUUCUCUCUUUCUUUCUUUCUUUCUUUUUUUUUCCUUCUCUCACAAACACCUUUUUGGAGCUAUUUGUAUUCUUAUUCAAUAUGCCUGCAUCAUCGGAAGGGGCGAAAAACGGGUUUGGUUCAUCCCUUGGAUCAAGGUGUCACGGGAGGGGUGCGGUGUUCUGGUUGUCCUCUUGAGGAAUAUGCAUAUCUGCAUCCAUUUAUUUUUGUUUAUCUUUGCCUUAUCUUUUUUUUUAUUUUUUUUAUUUUUUUUUAU